CCUACCCAUUUCCUCCUCGAUCCUCCUUCCCUGGGUGGUUUGCGCCUGAUCCCUCCCGGAAGAAGCCGGAUAACAAGGAGCUCUGGUGUCUCGCCUGUCUUCUCUAACACCGCCCACCCCCCCCGGUUUACCUUAAUAGUGCCCGACUGCCGUCGCCAUGUCGAAGGUCGUGCGCAGUGUCAAAAAUGUCACCAAGGGUUACUCAUCAGUUCAGGUAAAGGUCCGGAAUGCCACGAGUAAUGAUCCCUGGGGCCCGACCGGCACAGAGAUGGGGGAGAUUGCUGCCCUGACGUUUAGCAGUCCCACCGAUUUCUACGAGAUUAUGGACAUGCUGGACAAGCGUCUGAACGACAAGGGAAAGAAUUGGCGCCAUGUGUUGAAGUCGUUGAAAGUCUUGGAUUAUUGCCUCCACGAGGGUUCGGAGCUCGUCGUGACAUGGGCCCGGAAGAACGUCUACAUCAUCAAGACUCUGCGCGAGUUCCAGUACGUUGACGAGGACGGCAGAGAUGUCGGUCAAAACGUGCGUGUGGCUGCCAAAGAACUCACCUCCCUGGUGAUGGAUGAAGACCGAUUGCGGAGUGAACGUUCCGAUCGAAAGCUUUGGAAAUCGCGGGUCAGUGGGCUGGACGAAUACCCGGGCCACGGGAGUGAACCGCAACCGCGUCGAAACGAGCGCCGUCGACGUCCGCAGGACGAUGAAGAUGUCGAGUACCGCUUGGCGAUCGAGGCGAGCAAGGCAGAGGCCGAAGAAGAACGGAAGCGACGGGCGAAGGGCGCCAUGCAAUUCGAGGACGACGAAGAUCUAGCCAAGGCGAUCAAGCUAAGCAAGGAGGAAGAGGAGCUGCGCAAGCGUGAAUUGGAAGAGAGCAACGCACAAUCUCUCUUCGAUGAUACCCCCGUCCAAGUCGCACCAACACAGCCGACUGGCUUCAAUCAGGGUUAUCAGCAGCAAAGUGCCGUGGACUGGUUUGGGAACCCAAUUAAUACCCAGCAACCUCUGACCACAGGAUACUUGAACAACCAAUACGCACAACCGACUGGAUUCCAGGGACAGAUGACCGGCAUGCCCAACGGAUACACCAAUGGUUUCCAAUCGCAGCACACAGCCUUCGACCAGAACCCGUACAGCCAACCCCAAAACAAUUUCGUGCAGCCGCAAGCCACGCUCCAGCCCCAGGCAACCCUGCAGGGGCAGCAACAGACGGCCUUCCACGCGAACAACCCGUAUGGAACCACAGAUGUGUUCGGCCAGUCGCAGCAACAGCAACCGCAACAGCAGCAGCAGCAGCAAUCGCAGGAUAACUACCUUUCCGCAGGCUCCAAUAACCCAUGGGCCUCCGGCAGCCCACAGCCGGCUGAUAUGCUGAAACCAAUGGCCACCGGAUCUAACAACCCAUUCGCACAGCGCACGCAGCCGCAGUAUCAACACAGGCCCGCGACGUCCGGACAUCCAUCGCUGAACACACUCGCGGAAGAGAGAGCUACUAGCGCCUUCAAUCCGAUCACCAAUUAUCAGGCUCCGGUGGCCCCAGCUCCGCCCAAGAGUACGCCGCCUCAGAUGAACGACCCCCAUCACGCUCGUCUCAACGCACUGCUUGCAAGCGGCGAAGGCCAAGAUACCUUUGGCAAUGUCGGCGACCUCCGUAUCCCUGCUCAGCACACCGCCCCCGGAACUUUCGUCAACUCGGCUGGUCAAGGCCUUGAUCGCCUGCGAGCCCACCAGACCGGCAACAACCCAUUCUUCGGUCAACAACGGUUCGUUCCCCAGCAAACAGGGUUCGCCCCACAGCAGCCUGGUUUCUCACAGCCCACGAACAACCCUUGGGGUGCACAGCAAUCGUAUCCUCAGCAGCCUCAGGCUGGAGGCAGUCUGAUAGAUCUGUGAAAGACGAAAAAAUACCGAUCCGUGAAGUCAGUAGUAUAUAGCUCAACGGGUUUGAGGUGGAAGUUGAAUACGAUACCAGGUUGUUUUUGUCUCGCUCGAUUGAAUUUCUCCCUCUCUUUCACACACACACACACACGCUCACUCUAUUCCCUUUGUUCCGUUGCGUCGUUCUCACAACGAAUGGUUGGGUGUUAUGUUUGCAUUGUAUUAGGGUGCCGGAAUUGACAUACAGAUUUCAGUCCAGGUCAUGCAAACGCCCUUGCUACUACUGCC